AUGUCAUCCUCGAUGGACGCAGCUGCUCCAUCAUUUUCAAAUCAAACCAGUCAUCAAUUAUCCGCUUUUCAGUUACCUAAGCGUACCUUCCCUGUUUUUUCCGGUGAGAUGACCGAGUGGCAGGGCUUUGACGAUUUGUUUACCUCCAUACUAUCGCACGCUCCUGAACUGCCGGACGUCGAGCGGUUUGAAUUUCUGAAGAUGUCUCUUAAGGGUGAAGCGCUAUCACUUAUCUCCCAUCUCGCGUUAACGGCUACAAAUUACACUAGUGCGUGGAAAAUAUUGCGUUCCCGUUAUGGCAAUAAGCGUGAUCUUGCUCGUAUUCACCUUGAUGCUCUGCUCGCUAACCAGAUUGUUAAGUCCAAUGAUGGCUCCUCUAUUAAAACUCAGAUCAAUACGAUCUUAGAGAACACUGCUGCUUUGGACAAUCUUGACUUUGUAACGCGCCAAUGGAGUCCACUUCUGGUGCACAUCUUUGAAAAACACCUUGAUUAUGAACUUCGUGCUCGGUGGGAAUUGGUCGUUGGAGAAAAUCAUUAUCCCCAAAUUUCUGAUUUUGUUGACUUUUUGCGUACUCAUCUGCGGUCUGCGGAAAUUUAUUCCAGUUGUUCAUCAUCUAACCGACAUAAUAGUGCCUCGAAACCGCACACGUCAGUUAAGCAAUCAAGUUUCAAUCAUCGCUCUUCUUCAAGCGUUCUAGCCACCACUUCUAGUAAUCCAUCCGUCAAGUCGUGUCCACUGUGUAAUGCACCUCAUUCAAUAAGGUCAUGUACCCUAUUUACGGACAAACCUCCAAAUGAACGAUUUCUCAUUGCAAAAACGCAUAGGUUGUGUAUAAAUUGUCUGGGGACAGGUCACUCUUCCGGGAGAUGCCCUUCAAACUAUACAUGUCAGUCAUGUAAGAAAAGUCAUCACUCGCUGUUGCACUUUAAUUCUACUGCUAAUAAACCAAAUACCUUCGGCCCAGCACCGUCAAAUACACUAUCCAUUAAGACGGCAGAGCCUGUGCCUGGGGCUGAGUCACAUGUUACGACUACCUCAUGUCUUGUUCGAGGACAACCUCAGCGCAUCGUUCUAUUGUCAACAGCAAUAGUGGACGUCUAUGCUGCCGAUGGACGGCGACACGCUUUAAGAGCUUUAUUAGACUCUGGUUCACAAGCUAGCUUUAUCACAGAACGAGCUGCGUGUGCUCUUAUGCUUCGUCUAUUCCGAUCUUCUGUCAGCGUUACUACAUUUGCUAGUUCAGACUCUACUGUUGUUUGGGGCAAAUGCAAUAUUAAGAUGUCUCCCGCCGGUCAACAAGCCCCCUCUUUUUCUCUUGACGUAUCAAUAGUUCCGCACAUAACUGGAUCAACUCCUCGAGUUCCGGUAGCGUUUGGGCACUGGGAUCACAUUAAUAGUCUCUCGCUGGUCGACCCAUCAUAUAAUACACCUGGCCCAAUUGACUUACUACUUGGAGCUGAUCUUUUACCUUCAGUGUUCCUUGAUGGCACUCGAAAGGGCCAAGUUGGUGAACCUCUCGCAAUGAACUCUGUUUUUGGAUGGGUGCUUAUGGGCCCAACGGACCUUAAUGACCGCUCUUCUGUUGCCACACUUAGCGUGAAUAUUUCCGAACCUAUUGACUCGUUAAUUAAAAAAUUCUGUUCAGGCAGAUUUGUUGUCACACUUCCGUUUCUGAAACCACGUCCACUGCUUGGUGACUCAAAAACACUAGCUUUGCAACGGUUCAAGGCCCUAGAAUGUCGUCUCAACCGCAACAAAGACCUGCAAGAUCAAUACGCUGAGUUCAUGCGUGACUAUCUGACGGCUGGUCAUAUGGAGUUGAUUCCAUCGUCUGAACAAAGCCACCCGUUUCAUUAUUAUAUUCCACACCAUUGCGUGCUUAAGCCCGAUAGCCUGACUACAAAGCUUAGGGUUGUAUUCAACGCAUCUGCAAAAACGUCAGCCGGUAUUUCUUUAAACGACAGUAUGUACACAGGUCCCAAACUGCAACCUGACAUACAAGUUGUCCUCCUUCGUGCUCGACUUUGGAAAUACUUAUUUAUGGCUGAUAUAAGGCAAAUGUAUCGCCAGAUUCUCAUCCAACCAGCCGACAGAGAUUAUUUGCGGAUUCUGUGGAGAUUCUCGUCCACAUCUCCGAUUGACGAGUACCGGUUAUGUACUGUGAC